AGAUAACAAGAAUACUCUGUUCCUGAAUGUUGCUUUUACAUUAAGAUCCUCCCUCAGUCCUCCCUUACUUUUACAGUCCAUUCAGUUUCCCAUAAUCAGAAUUGAGUCUUCGCAUCGGGACUUGCUCCAAAACUCUUAUCACUUCUCAUUCACUUGAUGAUCAAUGGCCAGGGUUUUUUUGCUCCUUUUUUUGGGGUCCUGUGCUUUCUCUUUUCCCUACCACAUCAAGAAUGUAGAAGCCCCUCACUAUAGCAUCAGCCUGGAUGAUCCCCCAGAGAAACGCUGGGAACCUGUAUUAGAAAAUUACAACCGCACAGAGAUACAAGAAAAGGUGAAGAUGAUUUUGGACACAGUAAUACCUAAAUGGGCCCUACACAUGCUUCGACCAUUAGCAAAGGUGUAUUUGGCCUUUUUUGCUGAUGAAUCCUAUGCAGGAGAGAUUCGUGGUAUUUCCCGAUUUUUUGGUAUGAGCACUGGGGAAGUGGUGAUCCUAAAUCUUGGCUAUGAAGCUGCUAUGUUUUGCACAAGCAUAGUAACUGAAGAUGAAAAAGGAAAUGUUUACCUUGGAAGAAAUAUGGACUUUCUGUUUGCAGACUUAUUAGCAAAGCUGACUAUCGAUGUAGACUUUACAAAAAAUGGAGAGAUUGCUUAUACAGGAACCACCUUUGUGGGUUAUGUAGGAAUUGUUACUGGGCAAAGUCCUAACAAAUUUGCAGUGGCAGCAAAUGGACGAGAGUAUGACACAAGCUGGUGGAAAAAUGCAAUCUUUGCUCUUACAAAGAAGAGUUCCCCCCUAAGUUGGCUUGUUAGAGAUACUUUGAAUGAGGCCACAAAUUACACAGCUGCUUUUCUCAAGUUAUCCAGUGGUCCAAUCAUCACCCAGGUUUUCUUUAUUUUGGCUGGUACAAAAUCAGGAGAAGGGACGGUUAUAACCCGAAACAGGGAUGGAUUUGUUGAUGCUCGAUUUCUGGAUAAUGGAAAAGGAAAAUGGUUCCUUGUACAAACUAAUUACGACCACUGGAAAUUGCCACCUAGAUUUGAUGAUCGCAGAACACCUGCAACUGAGGCUAUGAAUUCCACUGGUCAGAAAAACAUCAGUAUGGACUCUUUAUAUCAGAUUUUGUCAAUGCCUCCUGUGUUAAAUAGAAUGACUAUCCACACAACCUUAAUGAGAGCUGCAUUUCCUGGAAACUACACAACUGUGCUAAGGUCUAAAGUUUUCAACAAGAAUGAGCUAUGGGAGAAGCCAAGAACUAUGGAGAAUACUACCCAGGAUAGUUCUGUGGAAGAUACUGAGAAUGACUGAGAACCGAGCAAAGGAGCUACAGCAAAGCUUCAGACUUGUACAUUUAAGAGAAAUACAAGAGAAGCUGCUAUGAAAAUUACCUGAGCUAAACUAUACUGCACACGACAGGUCUAUGUACAAAUAUGUCCCAUAACACAGCCUAUAUGUUAUACACUAUUUCAUAUAAAUAAAGUCUUUUAAUGAAAAAUA